AUGGACCCACAACAUCCCGAGCACCAGAUCAUGGCCUCGCCCCCGGAAAACGACAUGGCUACAGCAGUCCACGCUGUUGGCAUCCCACGACCCGGUGUACCGCAGGGCAUGGACCCUGAUGUGCCUCCAAUAAGUCAUGCUUCCCUGACGGGCACAGCCAAAGACGCUGUCCCCGGUUCCCGGCACGAAGAGCGGGUGAUGGAAGAUGCGGUGGUUAGGGAGUCGUGGGCUUCGUUUGCCUCGACGGCGGCCAGCCGAGAUUCGGCCGUGCCCAGCAUCUUCUCCGUCAGGGCAUCAACCGCUUCCGCCUCGACACGGUACUCAGUACGCCAGUCCUUGAUGGAGUCACCCAUUUCAGGUUCCAGCCCAAUGUUACAAGAACACCGAAAGAACAGCGUUCCUCAGGGUCCUCGCUAUUUCUGCACGUUCUGCGAUGCGGCGUUCGACUCCAAGACAGAGUGGAAGCUCCAUGAAUUCGAGCUCCACGACCGGCGGGAACGAUACCCAUGCAGGAGCUGCCGAGCAAUGUUCCCGCGAGCAACUCUCUUGGAAGAGCAUCUCAGGGAAGACCAUAGCCUUGAUCCUGCCUUGACCACAGGUGAUGCUGUCAAGUACGCACCUAUCCGAAGCGCCUGGGGCUGUGGAUUCUGCGCUACCUUCGUUUCGUCACGCAACGACUACUUGGACCAUGUGGGCAGGCACUAUGACGAGGGGAAGGACAGAUCCGACUGGCAGCACACUCGUGUCAUCGAAGGGCUGCUUCAUCAACCGAAGGUUGAGGCGUCUUGGAUGGCCCUUGUCAGCCGGGAGGAGCGCGCCAAAGGCACAAAACUCCGGAUUGUGUGGACGUCAGCGACCACCGGCCGCACAAUGGAUUUAAAAGAACCCCUUUCUCUGCAGGAUAUGCUUGAGUUCUUCGCGACUGGAACAACAACACCCGAUGAAAUUGCGGAAGCGGCAUACCGUGAUGCUCAGGUCAGACAUGAGGGCAACGUCAGCGACCUGAUUAGCAAGCUGUACUUGCGAAAUCCACAACCAAGCCGUCGAAACCCGACUCAACGCUCCGCCCAGCCUUCCCCGGAGUUGCACCCGGCUUCCUCGGAAGCACUGGAUGAGACGGUUUCUCCGAUAUCCCCUUUACCUCCACCGUUACGGCCGCUCACAGCCCCUCCACGGCCUUUUGAUCCGUCCAUUCUGAACACGGCAUCGCCUGGGGGACAGUCUCUGAAGUCACCAGCAUCGCAGACAGUCCCUUUCAUCAGACCUCGCGGGUUUGUGGCUCCAACGCCACCGCACUCUUUCCAGCCAAAUCUUCGCCGUGUCGAAAGUUCUCGGACUCUCAAGUUUUCCAAGCAUGCUGAAGCUUUCUUGAACCAUGACCGUCGCGGGGAAUCCAAGUCGCCACAGACACACCCGCCGGGUAUUUCCUUGGAUAUUUCUCCCAUCUCAUUGCACCCAAUAGACUCGCAGCCUUCUUCUCCUCCGGGACGUGGCGAGUGGUCAGCAGCAAGCACCGGCAAGGUCCUCCCAGUUGCCACAACGAGUCCAGGGCUUUCAGUCAGGCCGCAUACAAGUUCAAGCACGCUGUCUGCCCACACUGUGGAUGGCUCUCAGGGCUUGGGUGAUAGCACAAGCGACAGGAUGUCAGACGAGAGCGUGUCGGAACCGGAGUCUUGGCUAGAAGCGGACGGAAUCCCUGCAGCGACCAGAAUCUGGAAGAGCACUUUCCAACAACGAGUUGACAGAGGCAUGGGACAGCUCUGGGACCGGUUCAACCUUGAUUGGGAUGCGUUGGUUAGGCAGUAUGUUGGUGACAGAAGCGGCGGCUCCGGUCAAUAUCGGGAUUCAGGGCGCGUCCGCAAAAGCACGUCGUCCCGUCACGCUCCGGGCAAAGGGCUCCAUCCCAAUGCACGUUUACCCCAUCAAGAGGACGAGCGAGAUAAGGACGAGGAAGAACGCUAUCGACCACCGUCUUCCAUGUCGAAACCCAGCUCAGAACCUGUAAAGAGGUUUGCGUGCCCAUUCCGGAAGCAUGACCCGCAUACCUACAACAUCCAUACCCACGAAGUGUGCGGUAUCAGAUCCUGGUCAACAAUCUCCAGGUUGAAGGAGCAUCUCUACCGCAGGCAUUACAAAACACACUGCCAGAGGUGCAAGCAAACAUUCAGCGAUGCCAAGGAGCUGGCUUCUCAUGAGAUGUCAGUUGUGGCCUGCGAGGUCCUGGAUUUAGUACCUCCCGGUGAUAUUACCACCUAUCAGGAAAAGCAACUGAAGUCAAGGAAGCACACUUCGCGGCGGCAGACAGACGAAGAGAAAUGGAGAGACAUCUACCGACUUCUCUUCCCCGAUGAAGAAAUCCCAUCGCCAUAUCCCGAGCCUGCCGAGGACAUGGUGCCUACAUCCUCCAAGUUACACGCCAGUCUCCGCUUCCAGCACUUUCUCUUGAGCGAGAUGCCGACUCUGUUCACCAAGACUGCUGAAGAACAUGCCGGAAGGCGGCUCCAAGCUCGCGAUGCGUUGCCGAUGGACGCCGUCCCGAGAAUCAUUGAAGACGCUCUUCACAAAGCAUUCAGGUCUUGGGAAGCGAGGGGCAGCGUGCUGCCCACUCGAGAGGCCUCAGUGGCGUCCAUGAGCUUCCUGCCGGAGACUCCAACCUCGCUCGCUUACUCGUAUGGGCAAGUCACCGCCUACCAGACCCCGCAACCCAUACCUGCCCCAAUGAACCACAGUUUUCCUCAAGGUCACUUCGGCAACGCAGAGUUUCCUCCUCAAGCCCCGCAUGCGUCUCAGGCCGAUGAUUCUGGGUUCGGAGUAGGUCCCUUCUUUACAUCUGGGCCGCCCAUCAACUUCAACUCGUUUGCUCCGGAUCACUACGAGAGGGGCCCCUGGGAAGCAAACCUCGGACUUAUGGGCACGGGCGCGUUCAAUGCCGACAUGAGCAUGGGAGGUCAAUUCAGGGGAUUUCAGAACAGUUAG